GCGUCCUGUACCUCCUGGAGCACGAUGAGGAGUACGUCUUCACGCUGCCCUCCGCCUACGCCCGCUCCAUCCUCACCGUGCCGUGGGUGGAGCUGGGCGGCAAAGUGUCCAUCAACUGUGCCAAGAGCGGCUACUCCGCCACGGUGACGUUCCACACCAAACCUUUCUACGGAGGGAAAGUGCACAGGGUCACGGCGGAGGUCAAACACAACCCGACCAGCACCAUCGUCUGCAAAGCCCAGGGCGAGUGGAACGGCACGCUGGAGUUCACCUACAGCAGCGGAGAAACCAAAAUCAUCGACACGGCCAAGCUUCUGGUCACAAAGAAGAAGCUCCGCCCCCUGGAGCAGCAGGGGAGGACAGAGUCCAGGCGGCUGUGGCAGCACGUGACCAAGGCUCUGAAGGAGGGGAACAUGGACAAGGCCACGGAGCACAAACACCGGCUGGAGGAGAACCAGAGGGGCGAGGAGAGGCAGAGGGCGGCGGACAACAAACCCUGGACCCCCAGACACUUCACCAAGGAGGGAGACGGCUGGAUCUACAACAGUUCUCUGUGGAAGUCACCCUGACACCGGUUCUUCUCCAGGACCAAAAACCAAACCCCCAAGUGUCCCAGAGGACACACAAGGUGCCAAAGGGAUCCGGGCGUCCUCGCCGACGAACUUCUGGAGUUCCGGGACCGAAAUCCAGUUUUUUUAUGGAAGGCCGGAGUUUUCCGGAGUGGAUCUUUGUACUUUUCACUUUGCUAAGGCCUUCUUCUGCACACUUGGGUUUGCCAAACAUCGUCCGUGUUCAGUUUUGGCCCUUAGAGCAGGUCGACACCACACUGUAGCCGUGAGCGUUUAUGAAGCACUUUUAUUCUAGAGAACUAUUUUAUACUGGAACUGUGGCUUUUACCGAGCCAAGAGCUUUACAGGAAGAACAUCAGAUAUUCUACUUUCAAUCCUGUCAGUAUAUAUAUUAUUACACAGUAUAUUAGAACAAAGAAGGUCCUGAUUGUUCCGUCUGCACUACGAAUGUAUUUGGGCACAUCCGAUUCCUGCUUGGCGUUUCCUGUCGGAGUGAAUGAGGCCAAAACAUCUCAAUUUCUACCUCUCUCUCUCUCUCCACCUUGAUGUGUGCUUUUAUUUUGAAGAGUGUGUAGAAUCGCUCCCGUCUUCCUGUUUUUCUAAACUUCACCCCGACUAGGCGCUCCAGGAGCUUUUCAUCGGACUGGACCUGCAGAACCGGGAAGCAGCUCAGGCGGAAAGAUCUGGAUGAGAUUGUGAAUAAUAAAGACCUUCUACUGUUUUUACAUUUGUGAAAAUCUGCUGUCUUUGGGUUUCAGUUAAGUGAAUUUGUUCUAAAUGAGUUUGAACUUUUACUAAAAACUGGACCUUCUCAAAUAGCAGUGAUCACGUGAUGAAGGAGUCUCUAUGCUUUCUGAAACAGUCCAACACCGCCACCUAGUGGCAGAAGGGCCCAACAACUCAGUAAAGACAUGAGACAGACUUUUGUCAAAGUUUAUAUUUAAAGAUGGCCGAACAGAAUGUAAACAUGGAGGGUUAGCACAAGAAAGGGGGGCGGGGGAGGGGCACAUCCAACAAAAAAAAACCCGAGUCCCAGACAGACUAAAGCUCAGCACAUGAGGCGACGAUUUCAAAGUAAAGGAUGGAGAAACCUAAGAGGCCGAUAAGCUGUACAUCACAUUUAAGGCUUCGUCUGAACUCCGUCCCCCAAAGAUGAACGGGCGCUCAAAACAAACGACACUUCCAGGCGUGGGGGGAGGGGCCAAACAAGGACGGGUCGAAAGAAAAACCGGCGGGAGAGGAGGAGGAUGCUGACUCGAUGUGUCUAAAGAACCCCUGAAGCUCUCAGGCAGAGCCACACCCCGACUCCACCCACUGAGGCAUUUAGCUCCGCCCACAUUUCAACCACCUGAUCAGAAUGAAACUCUGGAAAAAGGAAUCAAUCGGCUUUUAUUGCAUUAAAACCCUCCGAAAAUGAUUUUAUCUACAAAUAUUUGCCAAAAAA